GCUGACAAAGCCGUCGUGUCGUCGGUGUCGUCAGAGGAAGAGUUGGAAGCUACUGUUUAUGCCAAAUCGCCCGGCACGAUGAACACCUUUCACUCCUCCGCGAAUGAGGAAACGAGCACGUUUGCUCAGUUGGAUUUGAGCGGCAAACUGAUCAUCAAGGCGCAGUUGGGCGACGACAUACGCCGCAUUCCGAUCCACAACGAAGACAUUACCUACGACGAGCUGAUUCUGAUGAUGCAGCGAGUGUUCCGAGGCAAGCUUUCCUCUAACGACGAGGUCACGGUGAAGUACAAGGACGAAGAUGGUGACCUGAUCACGAUUUUCGACAGCUCGGAUUUGUCUUUUGCGAUCCAGUGCAGCCGGAUACUGAAGCUAACAAUAUUCGUGAACCAACAACCAGUUCCAUUGGAACCGGAUGAAAUUAAGCUCCUCAGGAAGGAGCUACAGGAAAUUAGGAAUGUUGUCAACCGUCUGCUGGACAGAUUCGAGCCCCGUCACUUUGUCUCCAACAACUCGGAGCCAGAGGACAGCGCGGGAAGUGCCCCACAGAAGACCACAAAUGCUGUAGCGCCGAAGGAGUUUGACCCGCUCGCUUCCAAGCAGGCAGGGGGCGACGAGCCCAGUGCACAGAUAAAACCCAAAGGUGAAAACGGCCGGGUAGGCACUCCUGACAGCAUCUCGAGCCUAGAUUCGGCCGCGGCCACUCAGCAGAAGCUCCAACUGCAGCAACAGCAGCAGCAGCAACUUCACGCGAUGCAACAGCAGCAAAUGCAGCAGCAGCAGCAUCACUACCCUCAGCACACUGGGCAGACUGGAGUCGGAUACAUGGGUCAACCAGGAGCUCAGCAACCUUACGCACCUCAAGGACAUCCUCCACCACAACAGCAGCAGCAGCCUCUGCCUCCUGCACAGCAGCAACCGGUUCCUCCUGGUGGAUAUGCAGGUGCACCAAUGCCGACAGCCAGGCCUGGCCCCACCCCGACUCCUGGGAUGCCCGGCCAGCCACCACAGGGGCCCUACGGUCAGGCUGCAUUUCCUCAGGCAUCGGUCGCCCAGAGCAUGCCACAUGGGCAGCCCUUUCCGCCAGGCGCUGCCCCCACCGGGGCACAGGGACCACCGCAACCCGGCCCUCCCCAACAGGGCAUGCCCCAGGGCCCCCCUCCACAGCCCGGACAACCACAGCCUCCAUAUGGUGGCGCCCCGCCCGUGUCACAGGCCUACCCAGGCUACCCACCUCAUGCCACCCCCUCCUCCCAAGCUGGCCCCUACCACUCGAAUCCCAGCCCAACUCCAAGCAGUGCCGGCAAUCCUUAUGCCAGGGGAGGCGUCCUCCCCACCGCCUAUCCCCGGCCAGCACCAGCAGCUUACCCCCAGGGAUACCAGUAACACGAAGCCGAUUGAUGGCCACAGUCUUUCGCCUCGCUCUCUCUGUUUCUUUUUGUAAGUUGAGCAAAAAGGUGUAGGGGUGUAGAGUUGAGGCGGCCAGCAGAGAUUCCCUCUUAUACUAAUGGAAUGGCAUGCGAAGGCACGUGCACAGUGGUAGUUCUUUUGACUCCGUGUGCGAAUGAACUCGUGGACCACUAGCUUGAAAGAUAGGCGCUUCUACCACAAGAUCUGUGAGAUAACUGCAAAUGCAAAAUUAUGUGUAUUAGGAUGUGUGUGGCCCAGGAUUCUUCAACCGCAGAUGGUUAUUCUUCACUCUCGCGAUUUUGUGCAGAAAAUUUCGAAUUGCACCAAGAUCAUUUGACGGAAGAUGAUGCCAAUCGAUGCCCUCAGUUUAGGUAGCCAAAGAUGGGAGUAGAUUCUUCUUCACUCAUCUAGUUUUUCUCAUUAAGUGCACAAAAGAGAAACUUUACAGAUUUCAUGACCUAGGUAUAACGCUAUGCUGAAAUGCAGGCAGUUCAUUUUUUCGUGUGCGUGUGUAAAUUGAAGAUCGAGCAUUUUAGUGUGGCAAAGAUCAAAGGCUUUUUGCUUGGUGCUCUUAUAUGUAUUUGAGUGUAUUUGUGAGGUGUACAUUACUGUUAGCAAACAUUUCAGUGCUUGAUUCACUUUACGUAUGGAAAUGGCAUGCUACCUUUGGCAGCGCAAUUGCAUAUAAUGUAAUCAGUGUGCACAUGUUUAAUACUUUAGCACCACUCGACUUAUUGUCAGGAAGCUGCCUUACCGCGUGACCGUGCUGCCUAAAUUGUGUUUAUGAAAUUAAUUGUAGUUUUCACAUUCAAAGCAAUGAUUUGUGCUUAGCUUGUAAUGCAAUCCAGCUCUUGACUUGGUCUUUCGUAAUUAAUGUGUUUCUCGCUGAGGUUUCUAUGUAGUGCUUGAAGAAAGCUGCAGGAAAAAAACUCACUUUUGUUAUGCUGUGGUUUCUUUACAUUGUACUCGCUCGUCGCUGGUCAUCGCUUUCCCGUUCGAGAGGGAAAAAGCAGGAUUUAACGCAACUGUGAGUCGCUUGACUGCUGCGAAAUAAAGUUCCAUGCGUGCUCAAGAAGCUGGUAACUUUGGAUGAAGUUGGCCUGUUUGGUGGAACUACUAUUUCAGUGCCUGCUUGUGGGGUUUAAUUUUUCGUUACUACUACGAGUUGGUCCGUCAUAAAUAGUGACAUGUGGGACGCUUGGGGAGCAGCUUGGAUAUAUAGCAGUCUUGUUUUCUUGUUUUUUUUUAUGUUUUGUUAUGUCAGCUUCACGGGAUAUUGGUAAUCUUUUCAGCAAAAUUGAUGAAAUAAUAUCUAAAUGUUGGGCUUUUUAGUUGGACGCAGUGUGCAGGCAGACAGUGGUGUUAUCCGGUGACAUCACAAGAUGGUAACUGAACACACAAGUAUAUCUUAGCUCACUGCAAGAGGCACACUGCUCGAGUUUCUUUUGCCAGCUGACUUGAAUUAACAGCCUGUUCUUGUAUCUUGCCUCACUGAAGAGUCUCUCACAUUCCUCUCACUUUUAUGCUUUGCCUUUUGUAUAUAAUUUGGUUACUGCUAGCUUUGGUCUGUAGGUAACAUCAGUGCAACCAUCCUUGUCCGAAAUGUCCAUCAAGUAACAUUCGGGCAUUCUAGCAAGAAUUUGAGGCAACAACCAAGCUGGGGGCUGUAGGAUGCUGUGAUGACUUCUGUGUGGUGGAUUCAUUUUUACGCAUAAUAAACGUAAGCUACUUGAAAA